UUUACUUCUGACACUUCUUCUCUGGCUAUUUGCACCGCCAAAUUUUCUCAUUCGCCUUGAGCUCCUACUGAUCGACGAAAGGCUUCAUUGGUCUGCACUGUGUAUGGCACAACGAAUGUCAUCUGAAGCAAGUCUUUUCCGAGAGCCUCACCAUUUCUCCACGAAGAGACAUCCACAGGUUCACUGACCACCAGUUCACCAUUUCCUUCUGUCCUAUUCAACAAGCCGCGAGGAUCGUAGGGAAGUCUAUCUCUAACCCUAACUGACUAAGACGGCUCGAUCUACCUAGAGAAAUUCUCAGUAGCAAAGAAAUAGAGGGAUAAAAUGUAAUACCUGAAGUAAAGAUAUUGUCGGAUUGGAUGUAAAGAAGAUGGAGGAAAAUCCGAAGCAUAUAAAGGCCAAGAUCGCGUGCUCUGGAAACCUCGGAUCUCAAGAUGAUUUCAAAAUUCAAAUAGCCCUCCUUCGGCGCGUGAGAUAUCAACGGAUCUCCUAUAUUUAUGAAGAAAUCUUUCGGAAAGGGAAAGAAUCUACAUUUCUCCCUGGAAAAUAUUCGGAUAUUCUCUUCAGCGAAACCUUGUAUCAAGCCGGCGAAGUCGAGAGCCCCCGGAAGAAAUCAUCAAAUCUCCAGACUCCUCCUUCAAGAACCCAAGGAAACAUCGCCAAGACUGAGUUCUCUGCGUCUCUCGCUUGGGUCCAGAGUAGGACUAUAGCCAAUAAAGAACCCGAGACAUAAGUUCCUAGAACGGUGUCCAGCCCGAGGGAUGCCUGCUGAGAAUGAGCAACCCCGGUUGACUUGAGUGCACAGGUUAUUCCCCGAAAUCGAUGACGAAAUCGAGAAAUAAAGGGCAAAGUGUUGGGGAAAAAUACUCAGGUAUCAUUUUCCACUGAGCCCCAGGCAGGACCUUAAUCUCCGGAUCCCCGUUCCAGAAGCGUUAAGGCUCCCCAGUAUCGAGUACCCCAGUAUCGGUUCCAGGAACCGCCUCCAGCUCCAAGAAAAGGCAAAUUGCCGUAAGGGGAAUCUUCCAUAUUUCCGAAUAUGGAAGACUUCCAUCUACUCCAACCAACAAGAACUGACCUAUAGACGACUAUAUAAAGGGAACCCAAACCCUAGAAUAAGGGAUAGACACUUUUAGGCUUAUAGAUUAUACUUAAAGGGCUAGGGUUAGGGUUCAUACAAAAAAUACUUGUAAUCCUUGCUUGUCUACUCAAUAAAGAUCUCUUCAAGUCUCUUUUUCUCUAAUCUCUCAUAAACAUUUACGAAAUACCUAUUAAUCUGUACGAAACCCAGCUUAUCCAUCGUUCUAUAGUACUCUAAAAGUCCUACACAAAAAUCCCCUAACAAUGGGUAUGAGACAUAAAGCAGGAAUGGGUCUGCGCAAGCCUGAGUAUGCUGUCAAAACUACCUAAAACCCUUGUGCAGCCUAAUGCGCAUCGGGGUCCCCAGAGUACCAAUGUGAAAAGUACUUGUAUCAAAACGCUAUGAGCUACACGAUACAGGGAACACAAGGCAUAUAUUCAAUGCAAAAGUACAGUAAAAUACAAAGAGCAAUCUAAAUCUUGCUUCUCCAGACGCGGAAAGCAGCGUAAGCCUGACACUUGGGUCAUAACAUCCACACCAGCACCCUCUAAGCCUGUCAGUGACUUCCUGCAGAAGUAUAAUACAGCAUAGGAACUCGAUAGUGGCCAGCUUCCGAGCGGCAUAAUGCGAAAUCCAAACAGGUACCGGUAGUAGUCUUGCCUAGGAAGGCGGAGUACGGUCCCUGCAAAACCAAAUAUUUUGGGUUCUUACGAACUCCGGGUCUAAAGAUAACCUCAGGGUUAUUAGAUCAGAACCCUUGGGUUAUUAAGAACCUUCGGAUCCCCAUGCAGUCUCCGGGUCUGAAAAGAUCUCAGGGCCUAGAAAAGCUAAACCUCCAGGUUCUUAUAUAACCCAGGGUUCAAAACGACCUCCGGGUCCAGAAGAAACAUUCGGGUUCCCAAAUGACCUCCGGGUACAAAGAAACCUCCGGGUUCAAAAUGACUUUCGGGUCCAAAAGAAAUCUCCGGGUUCAAAACGACCUCUGGACCUUGAAGGAACCUCCAGUUCCCAAAUGACCUCCGGUCCAAAGAAACCUCCGGGUUCAAAACGACCUUCGGGUCCAAAAGUAACCUCCGGGUUCAAAACGACCUCCGGGUUUAGAAGGAACCUCCGGGUUCCCAAAUGACCUCCGGGCACAGAGAAAGAAACCUCAGGGUUCAAAACAACCUCUGGGACUAAAAGAAACCUCUGGGUUCAAAACGGCCUCCGGGUCGAGAAGGAACCUCCGGGUUCCCAAAUGACCUCCAGGUCCAGAGAAACCUCCGGGUUCAAAACGACCUUCGGGUCCAAAUGAAACCUUCGGGUUCAUAACGACCUAUGGGUCAAGAGGAACCUCCGGGUUCCCAAACGACCUCCGGGUCUCGAGAAACCUCUAGGUUCAAAACGACCUCAGGGUCUGAAGGUACCUCCGGGUUUCCAAAUGACCUUUGGGUCCUUACUCAACCUUCGGGUUCUAAAGGUGACCUACGGGUCUAGGGCAGCCUCCGGGCUCCAGAAACGACCUUCGGAUCCCAACAAUAUUUCCGGGUUCUGAAACAAUACCACGGCUUCGUUUGAUCCCAGGAUACAUUUAUUUAAUCUCCGGGUCCAUAAGAGAGACCUGCUAUCUCUUUGGAAAAAAUCACGAGUAACCCAUCUACGGAAGGUGGAAUGUGACGCAUCCCUAUACUCCAAGUUCACGAACCUAACACAUCUGGUUCCGUCUGUAAGUCUUUCCAAGGGUAGCUGGACGACGCAUUAGAAGACGCUCCCAGGUUUUGAUAAAGGAAGACACUGCUCUAAAAAGCCUACCUACCAAUCAACGAAUGUCUACCCGACGGAUGCGACUUUGAGUCGAAAAGAUAUAUGAGAAGGUCCCCUUGAAGCUUCACACAACCAUCAGGUCCCUGGACAAAAGUUCAACCAGCCUCCGGGUUCGAGGAAGAAAGUCCAUCCAGCCUCUGGGUUCCGGGAUGAAAGUCCGUCCAGCCUCCGGGUUCCAGGAUGAACGUCCGUCUAGCCUCCGGGUUCUAGGACAAAAGUCAUCCAGCCUCCGGGUCCCUUACAACCUCCGAUUUAUGAAGAAUCGCAUCCACAAGCCAUGAGUUUCAGAAGGAUGUAUCUCUAAAUCUUCGGAUUUUGGGAAAACAUGCCUAGGAUCCUCCGGGUUCCAAGAAAGCACGACACAAGGUCAUCGCAGCAUUGAUUGUAGCCUACCUCUGGGUGCAGAUUGCAAUAUUACAUAGUUGAGAGUGGCCAAGAACUAAUGGCAGAGUUCAACUAGUGGUUCCACCUUCUCUAUUCGGCAUGGACACUACUGCUCACCGCGAAAAACAUGUCCAAGAAUUCUACUCCGGUACCAAGAGUCAACUAAGUUAUCUCUAAGUACCAAGACGAACAUGCUGAACGCCCCUUGCCAAAAGUCAAGGUACAAUCCCGAAACAAGGUAAGAAGCUACAGCUACAACAUCAAAACCUCAAGGAGCAUCAAGUAUGCUAAAUGUAAUAAGGAGACCGGCACGAAGACCUGAAUGAAAGUCCAUUACAGCUUUUACAAGCUCAAGAGGCGCAAGCAAAGCCAGCAGAAUCAAGCAUGAGGAUCCUCAGUUUCGGCCUCCGGGUCUUAUUAAACCUCCUCAUCCCCCUAAUCCUUAGCCUCGCCAAGAUUCUCCCUCUCAGAAUUCCUGGGUCCUGGCCCCUACACUCUUACACACGGUUCAUGGAACCAUAGAGCCUCAAGAAAUGCAAACUGUAGUCCUGCCUGAACUAAGGUUGAGUAUAGCUGCAUGAGCAGCAUAAGCAUCUUGGGUAUGAGCAGAAGCAUCAACUUUUAUACAGACGCUCCUAGCUUCUCCGCCAAACCUUCGGCCAACUCCGACCAAUCCCCACCAUGGGGGCAACGUCUCAUCCUUUUAAAGGAGAAAAAGAAAGUGUUACGGGCUCAACUUGAUCCCUCCCGACAGUGAUGUCCGCCAUAAGAGCAUUUACUAGGUCCUACAUGGUGGUUCUUUCUGAUUAUCCACUUCAAGGUCAUCGGAAUCAAGGGCACAACUAGUGACCAAACACAUGCCCAUUGAAGCAUGUCUACCACAUCUCUGCAUGGGAUCAAGGAUUUCUGAGAAUAAGCAACCCCGGUUGACUUGAGUGCACAGGUUAUUCCUCGAAAUCAAUGACAAAUUCGAAAAAUAAGGGGAAAACUGUUGGGAAAAAAUACUCAGGUAAUACUUUCCUCUAGACCCCAGGCAUGACCCAGACCUCCGGGUCCCUGUUUUAGAAAUGCUCAGGAUCCCCAGUAUCGGGUACCCCGGUAUCGGUUCCAGGAACUGCCUCCAGCUCCAAGAAAAGGCAAAUUGCCAAUAAGGAGAACCUUCCAUAUUUCUGAAUAUGGAAGACUUCUAUCUACUCCAACCGACAAGAACCGACCUAUAGACGACUAUAUAAAGGGAACCCAAACCCUAGAAUAAGGGAACAACACUUUUUAAGCUUAGAGAUUAUACUUAUAAGGCUAGGGUUAGGCUUUUGAUCAUCUUGUGCCUCUAAUUAUUGGCUUUACUCUAGAAAAGGAGACUUACAAUGAAGACAUACAUGUGAUCUUCAGUUCGUCUAGAUAAUAAAAUUAACAAACAAUUUUUGCAGGUGGUUGUGCUCUAUCAAUCUCCUUAUCUACUAGAUGACACAAAUGUAGGAAUGAUAUUUCCAAGAGCUGAGCAUUAUCUUUUCUUGAUUUGCAAACUCAUUAGUUAGCCGGUUAUCUGUGUGUCAUCAGGUGCUUACAGUGACUCAAGAGGACUUCUGGAAGCUAGGAAAGCCAGCUCAAGCCUUUUGUUUGUCAUUUUCAUAUCUCAGUAAUCCAGAACUCAUAUUCCUCACGAUGGAGCUAGCAAAGGUAUGAAACAAAUCUUAAACUGUGCUAUUUGCGGUGAGGGAGACGCGGUAAUGCUCUGUUCCAAGAGGUCUUAGUAUAUGCUAUGAUUUUACUUCUGACACUUCUUCUCUGGCUAUUUGCACCGCCAAAUUUUCUCAUUCGCCUUGAGCUCCUACUGAUCGACGAAAGGCUUCAUUGGUCUGCACUGUGUAUGGCACAACGAAUGUCAUCUGAAGCAAGUCUUUUCCGAGAGCCUCACCAUUUCUCCACGAAGAGACAUCCACAGGUUCACUGACCACCAGUUCACCAUUUCCUUCGGUCCUAUUCAACAAGCCGCGAGGAUCGUAGGGAAGACAAUCUCUAACCCUAACUGACUAAGACGGCUCGAUCUACCUAGAGAAAUUUUCAGUAGCAAAGAAAUAGAGGGAUAAAAUGUAAUACCUGAAGUAAAGAUAUUGUCGGAUUGGAUGUAAAGAAGAUGGGGGAAAAGCCGAAGCAUAUAAAGGCCAAGAUCGCGUGCUCUGGAAACCUCGGAUCUCAAGAUGAUUUCAAAAUUCAAAUAGCCCUCCUUCGGCGCGUGAGAUAUCAACGGAUCUCCUAUAUUUAUGAAGAAAUCUUUCGGAAAGGGAAAGAAUCUACAUUUAUCCCUGGAAAAUAUUCGGAUAUUCUCUUCAGCGAAACCUUGUAUCAAGCCGGUGAAGUCGAGAGCCCCCGGAAGAAAUCAUCAAAUCUCCAGACUCCUCCUUCAAGAACCCAAGGAAACAUCGCCAAGACUGAGUUCUCUGCGUCUCUCUCUUGGGUCCAGAGUAGGACUAUUGCCAAUAAAGAACCCGAGACAUAAGUUCCUAGAACGGUGUCCAGCCCGAGGGAUGCCUGCUGAGAAUGAGCAACCCCGGUUGACUUGAGUGCACAGGUUAUUCUCGGAAAUCGAUGACGAAAUCGAGAAAUAAGGGGCAAACUGUUGGGGAAAAAUACUCAGGUAUCAUUUUCCACUGAGCCCCAGGCAGGACCUUGAUCUCCGGAUCCCCGUUCCAGAAGCGUUAUGGGUCCCCAGUAUCGAGUACCCCAGUAUCGGUUCCAGGAACCGCCUCCAGCUCCAAGAAAUGGCAAAUUGCCGAUAAGGGGAAUCUUCCAUAUUUCCGAAUAUGGAAGACUUCCAUCUACUCCAACCAAAAAGAACUGACCUAUAGACGACUAUAUAAAGGGAACCCAAACCCUAGAAUAAGGGAUCGACACUUUUAGGCUUAGAGAUUAUACUUAGAGGGCUAGGGUUAGGGUUCAUACAAAAAAUACUUGUAAUCCUUGCUUGUCUACUCAAUAAAGAUCUCUUCAAGUCUCUUUUUCUCUAAUCUCUCAUAAACCCUUACGAAAUACCUAUACAUCUGUACGAAACCCAGCUUAUCCAUCGUUCUAUAGUACUAUAAAAGUCCUACACAAAAAUCCCCUAACAAUGGGUAUGAGACAUAAAGCAGGAAUGAGUCUGCGCAAGCCUGAGUAUGCUGUCAAAACUACCUAAAACCCUUGUGCAGCCUAAUGCGCAUCGGGGUCCCCAGAGUACCAAUGUGAAAAGUACUUGUAUCAAAACGCUAUGAGCUACACGAUACAGGGAACACAAGGCAUAUAUUCAAUGCAAAAGUACAGUAAAAUACAAAGAGCAAUCUAAAUCUUGCUUCUCCAGACGCAGAAAGCAGCGUAAGCCUGACACUUGGGUCAUAACAUCCACACCAGCACCCUCUAAGCCUGUCAGUGACUUCCUGCAGAAGUAUAAUACAACAUAGGAACUCGAUAGUGGCUAGCUUCCGAGCGGCAUAAUGCGAAAUCCAAACAGGUACCGGUAGUAGUCUUGCCUAGGAAGGCGGAGUACGGUCCCUGCAAAACCAAAUAUUUUGGGUUCUUACGAACUCCGGGUCUAAAGAUAACCUCAUAGUUAUUAGAUCAGAACCCUUGGGUUAUUAAGAACCUUCUGGUCCCCAUGCAGUCUCUGGGUCCUGAAAAGAUCUCAUGGCCUAGAAAAGCUAAACCUCCAGGUUCUUAUAUAACCCAGGGUUCAAAACGACCUCCGGGUCCAGAAGAAACAUCUGGGUUCCCAAAUGACCUCUGGGUACAAAGAAACCUCCGGGUUCAAAAUGACCUUCGGGUCCAAAAGAAAUCUCCGGGUUCAAAACGACCUCUGGGCCUUGAAGGAACCUCCGGUUCCCAAAUGACCUCCGGUCCAAAGAAACCUCCGGGUUCAAAAUGACCUUCGGGUCCAAAAGUAACCUCCGGGUUCAAAACGACCUCUGGGUUUAGAAGGAACCUCCGGGUUCCCAAAUGACCUCCGGGCACAGAGAAAGAAAUCUCAGGGUUCCCCGCUAUGGAGUUUUUCGGGCCCGGUCCCAGGAUUGCCCCCUUCCUCCGGGAAAUGGAAAACUUCGGAUAAAGAGAACCUUCCAUAUUUCCGAAUAUAGAAGAGUUUAACCUACUCUAACCGACUAAGGGCCGCCUUAGGAAGACUAUAUAAAGGGGAUCUAAACCCUAAAGCAAGGAUCGACACUUCAAGACUUACAGAUUAUAGACCAAUCAUUGUAGUUCCGGCUUGUUCUAUCUAAUAAAACAUAUCUGCAAGUCUAUUUCUCUCUAAUACUCACGAAAUCUAUACAAAUACUAGCUUUGUCCAUCGCUCCGUGGUACUCACAAAGAUCCUACACAAAAAUCCCCUAACAGUUUGGCGCUAGAAGGAGGGGAGUAAUCUAAACUACGUGAUAAUGGCGGUGGAUGAGCAUGACGAGCUACCCAAAGCAACUCAGAGAGAGGCUGAACUCGAAACACAAAUCGAUGACCUACAAGGUCAAGUAACCGGGUUACAUAGAGCUCGGGAAGAUAUCAAUCCCGAGCUGUCCUUGGAGUUCCAAAUCGUUAAGGAAAAACUCGACGAACAUCUAAGCAAAUGGAGCAGAGCGUCGAGAAGCUCAGCCAGCUCGAAUCGGAGUAUCUUACCCUCCGAGACGAGAACCAAGCCCUUAACACAACAUGCAACAAGAAGCGUCGAUUCCGGACUCAGGUUUGCCCCAUGCUGCCUCUGGAAAUACCUAACUCUAGGGCAUGCACGAAUCUCCCAACUGCAGCGCCGGGAGGAGAAGCAUCUACGCGACAAAAAGGCUAAGAACGCUCAGACCUAUGACGGGGAGGACAGCGACUCGGAACCCAAGCCUGAUAAGGAAGCAUCAGAUGGAGCAGCAAGAGCGGAGUCUCCCAUAAUCGCUCACCUUCACCAGAUUUUCUCUAAUAAGCUCGACGCCAUGCAAUCCAUGGUAGAGAGACUCCUAGGGGUAGCUCCCCCCAUACGGAAGAGAAACCCCAAUUCCUACCCCGACACUCCCUUCACGGAUGAGAUCAAAUUGAUCGAGAUGCCCAGGAAUUUUUCUUUCCCCAGUAUCAAGGCGUAUAACGGCACCACUGAUCCGAACGACCACGUCGCCCAAUUCAGACAGAGGAUGCUCGCUGUAGCACUUCCCAAAGGGUCACGCGAAGCUACCAUGUGCAAAGGUUUCGGCUCCACUCUGACCGGACCUGCUCUGCAAUUGUAUAUCAACUUGCCCUCCAGGUCCAUAGCUUCCUUCGCAGUUCUCAGCGAUAAGUUCAUGGAACAAUUCUCCAACAGCGGGGACCUGGAGAAAACCUCUGACAGCCUCUACGAAAUCCUCCAUCAUCGAGCUGAACCCCUGAGAGGCUACAUAGCCCGUUUCAAUCAAGAAAAGGUGGCUAUCCCCAAAUUCAAUAUCCCCACUGCUAUCUCUGCUUCAAGAGAGGCCUUCGCCCCAACGGAGACCUCUACAAAGAGCUGACCAAAUACCAGUGCAAAACCAUGGAAGACGUCCUAUCUCGAUCCUUGGUGCAGGUCAAAUGGGAGGAAGACGUUGCCUGUUGUGCCAAGGUGCACGAAAAGCAAGAUCCUAAGACGAUCAGACCAAACCGAACCGAGCGAGACGAGAAACCCUCUCAAAGACCAGCUAGGGACUCCAAGAAUCAAAACCGGGGCGGGUACCAGAACCAGCCAAUCGAGAAGGAAGAAGGGAUGGUAGUGUCCACAUGGCCAGACAUCUCUCACCUCUCCGUCUCAAGGCCGGAGCUUAUCAACGAUUUGAGGCAGAUGGGCCAGUGUGGGAACCGAAAUUCGCACUGUCGAUUUUCGUUUAAAUAAAGAAACUAGGAAAACUCUAAUUUCCCAGUGGACCUGGAUAUCUCUUAAUUACCACACGUCAAGCAAUCAGAACACGAUAAUAACAACGAUAAAGUAUAAGAAAUCGAAAA